AUGCUAAGAUGCUAUUUUCAUGAACCAAGAUAUCUGUGAGAAACUAUCUCUAGUCAAAUCAAAAUACGAAACAAUCCCUUCCUUAUUUAUUCAAAGAGAGAUAUAGGCUUUUCUGGGAACUAUGGCCGGAUCUGCAUUGAAGCGACUGAUGCAUGAGUACAAACAACUCACUCUGCAGCCUCCUGAGGGCAUCAUAGCUGGACCAAAAGACGAGGAAAACUUUUUCGAGUGGGAGGCAUACAUCAGGGGUCCUGAGAAUAGCUUCUACGAGAACGGAGUGUUCCCCGCCACCAUCACCUUUCCCACAGACUACCCUAUGAGUCCCCCCAAGAUGAGAUUCACUUGCGAUCUCUUCCACCCCAACGUCUACUCCAACGGCAAUGUCUGCAUAUCCAUACUCCAUUCCCCAGGGGAGGACCCGACUGGCUACGAGAAGAGUAGUGAGAGAUGGAGUGCAGUGCAGGGAGUGGAGAAGAUACUUUUGAGUGUGAUGAGUAUGCUGGCAGAACCUAAUGAUGAGUCAGGCGCCAAUGUGGAUGCGAGCAAACUGUACCGAGAAGACAGAGACGCAUUCUUACUCAAGGCAGACUUAUGUGUCAGGAAGUCACUGGGACUAGCUUGAACUGGAGAAGAACUUCAAGGACUAAAAGGAAGGCUCAGAUCACUUAAUAGAACAGAAAUAUAGGAAGUUGAAGGGCAAAACAUUUCUGGUGUUUUUAAUGACUUAUGGUAGUCUCUCUCGUUUAACAGUGAUCAAAAACAUAAACAGUUGCUCUAGCGUUCAAUUAUCUUCAACUUUUUAUUUAUAUACUUGCAAAGCAGUAGAAAACUCCUUAAAACUUUAAAACUGGGAAUUAUAUUUAAAUUACAUGCGCU